ACCUUGCUAAGAUUUUUCAGAAUCUCGGGCAGUGUAUUGUACAAGAUUCAUUUCCCAUGUGGAAAGCCUAGCCAGGGAUUAGAUCUCCCUAUCCCUGCUAUACUUAGGAAACAAAAUGGCUACUUCUUCAAUAGAUCAUGCCAACAAGCAAGAGCUUGAAGGAAACAAAAUGGUUACUUCUUCAAUAGAUCAUGCCGACGAGCAAGAGCGUAAAGGAAACAAAAUGGCUACUUCUUCAAUAAAUCAUGCCGACGAGCAAGAGCGUGAUUCCGCUCCUGGACCUUUAGGAUGUAAAUAUGACGACUCUCUGACGGAACUGCGCAUUCAUCUCGUUAUCCCUGGAAUUCGGGAAAAGUCUUUCAUGAAGGCCUCAAACACUCAGGUUUUUCUGAAAAGUGACUGCACCAGCCUGAGUUGUCAUGUGGAAAUAAUCAAAGUCAAUAAGAAAGUGAAGCCUCCGAUGAAGACGGUUAUUGAUAGGCGAUAUUAUGAGGUUGAGAAAUUCCCUGGUGAAAUAUCUGAAGUCUCCUUUCGACUGAAGAAGAACUGCUGCAUUCUACUUAUUCGUAAAAAGGUACCUCAGUCUUGGGCGAAUUUCAUGAGCCAGUCUGGUUUUUGAAAGUCUCAAUUCUGUGUAAAUAAUUUUCUUUUCAAUAAUAUACAUCAGUCUAUGGUUCAUUUUUGAUAAUACUUUAUCUGUGCGCAUUACCUGCAAAUGCUCACUUUUGAUAUCAUAACUUGUUUGAUUUGUCAUCAAAGCUCGAGUGUGCUGUGUCAAAUCUGCUGUUGAUUCUCUUCUUACAACAUGUUCCCGCAUCUCCAUGUUCAAGUGCUUGGACUGUUUGCUUGUUCCGUCGAAUAUGAUUUUGUUUUUGUUAUAAAUAUAAUAGUUCCUGGUU